CGCAGGCCCCCGCCACGCUCGGCAGGUGCGCGGAUGGACGCUCCGCCUGGCCUGCCGCCCUGCUCCCGGAGGCACCGCCCCUGCGACCCCAGGCCGGGCCGUUGGGGCUGGUAUGGCAGCUCAAAGCGGCGGUUGUUUUAUCUAGUUCUGGUGAGCUCUUUCGUGCCUCCCGAGGUAGGAGGUGGGAGACUGUGCAUAUUUCCACCAGUCGGCCCCCAGCCAGACUCACAGAUGUUCAACUUCAGACGCACAUGGCUGUGUUUCUAAGAGCUGCGGUAUUUUCUGCUUCUUUCCUGGCGGUGGGCUAUGCCUGAUGAUCACCAGCAAGGCAGGAGACGCGGCACCAACCGGCAAGGGCUUCCUCAGGCAUCAACAGCACCGUGACUCCUGGGGGCCGUGUCUGAGGGCCGGGGCCGGGGCCCUGCCCACCGGGAGGCCGAGGAGCCCCUGCGGGGAGAAGGAGGGAGGAGCGCUGCGCCAUGUGAGCGGCUGGCGGCAGGCAGCGGCCCCCGAGGAAGACGGAUGGGGUGAGGGACAGCGCGAAGUCCGGCUGUCAGCGCGGCCUCAGCCCCGCCGCGGAGGGAGCCCCUCCUCCCCGCGGGUGUGCGCCUCGCUGCCGGGACGGCGAGACCAUGGCGUCCAGCGAGGAGGACGGAGGCGGCAACGGCGCGGUGGAGGAGAAGGAGAGCGGCAAGAGGAGGAGGCUGGGCGCCUUGGCCACGGCCUGGCUCAUCUUCUACAACGUCGCCAUGACCGCGGGGUGGCUGGUAUUAGGUAUUGCCAUGGCACGGUUUUAUAUACAGAAAGGAACACACAGAGGCUUAUUCAGAAGCAUUCAAAAGACGCUUAAAUUUUUCCAGACAUUUGCUUUGCUUGAGGUAGUCCACUGUGCAGUUGGAAUAGUUCGCACGUCUGUGCUUGUGACUGGGGUCCAAGUGAGUUCAAGAAUCUUCAUGGUGUGGUUCAUUGCACACAGUAUAAAACAGAUCCAGAAUGAGGAGAGCGUUAUUCUUUUUCUGGUCGUAUGGACUGUGACAGAGAUUACUCGAUAUUCCUUCUACACAUUCAACCUGCUCAACCAUUUGCCAUACUUCAUUAAAUGGGCCAGAUACAACUUUUUUAUCAUUUUGUAUCCUGCUGGAGUUGCAGGUGAACUGCUAACCAUAUAUGCUGCUUUACCCUAUGUGAAGAAAACGGGAAUGUUUUCACUGAGACUUCCCAACAAAUACAAUGUCUCUUUUGACUACUAUUACUUCCUUAUUAUUGUCAUGUUCUCCUAUGUGCCAUUAUUUCCACAACUCUACUUCCACAUGCUGCGGCAGAGAAGAAGGGUGCUUCAUGGAGAAGUGAUUGUGGAAAAGGACGAUUGAAUGAAGCCGUGUAACUAUGGUUGGCAAAUAGCUUUAAGAAUUGGAAUGGUGGGCUGCUGUGCUUUUUGUUCUGAAAGUUCUGUUAUGACCUGUAGUCAUCAUCAAGAACAGAAGGAGAGUUGAUAAGUUGUACUGAAAGUCAGUCUUCUGGAAAAGAGAGCAUCAAUUAGGUAAUGAUGUUUUUCACAGACUGAGUGGCUUAAAUGUUAUUUAAGCUUUAUAUUAAAUAAUUUUCCAGUUUUAAGUACUGUUAGCAUGUUGUUCAACAUUCUUUGGAUUACAUGAUCAUACUAUAAAAUUCUAUAAUGACUUUUCAAAGGAAAUGAAUUCUUGAUUGUCAGUGCAAAUUUAGAUCUGUCUGUAUUUUCCUUUGUAAUAGUAAAGAUAUGUAGAAUAACAGAUAUAAUAUUAACUGGUUAAAAGUUAGUGCUGAGGAGCAGAUUUGAUGUGCCUACCUUUCUCUGAUCAGUGGCUGGAAUGGGACUCGUUUGCACAGGAAGACUGAUUGUCAGCAUGUUUCCUGUUCUACGUUUAAUUAUGUAUGCAGAAAAAUUAUAGUCUUGAAUUUAGAAACUGUAGCUAUAGUGUGAUAUUUAACUUCUUAGAAGUGGCUAAGUGGGAUAAAAUAUAUUUGAAAUAGUGUCUUAAAAUAUAAAUUGUGCUUUAAAUCAUCCCAUUGUGCAAUUUUAAUUGCUCCCUCCCCAUUAAUUGUUUGUACUGUGUUGACCUAAUUCUAUUUAAUGCCUUCAAUAAUCUGCAAGAGGGAUCUACAGUAGAUUAAUAAAAGUUACAGAUGAUAUUACACUAUAUGACACCUGAGUGGGAGAGGUUCAACAAAUUAGACUUAGCCUGAGAGAUUCAGAGAAAAUGUAAUGCAUUUGAGGAAACUUGGAUACUUAGAGAGAGAGAAGAUUGACAUGUAAUCAUGUAAUAAGAAGCCUUGAUAAUGUAGGCAACAGAGUUGCUUCUGGCAACACUAAUUUCAAAAGAAGAGUAUAUAUGCAGAAGAGCUGCAUCAGGCACCUGUUAAUCAGAACACUCCUUGUGAUUACCAAGGUCAUUUCUGGAGCAUGGUCUUACAUUUUGGGUACAUCAGGGAGGAGGAAUUGAAUCAGUCUUUGGAAAAGUCAGAGAAUAGUAACAAAAAUUAGUUGAAGUGAGAAAGAAGUCAGAAAGAUUGAGUCUUGAGAAUGUGUAAUUUUUUGUUACAUGACAUAUAUGUAAAGGAAGAGGCUUUCUAAGUGUGAAGAUGUAACUAGAACUGAUUAUAUAAAUUUGAAACAAGGUAAAUAGCCAAUGAGUAUCAGGAGAAAGGUCCUGCCAGUGAGCAACAAGCUGGGUUAUGGAAUGACACAGUAGUGCUUAUCAAUGCCUACAGUUUCUUGGAAGGGUUUAAGUUAGAUGUGAUGCAAUAGUGGAAAGUAAUCUUCCUUUGGCAAGAGUUUGAACUACAUACUUGAACAGGCAGUUUCCAUUUUCAGCUUCAAUGAUUCUAUGAUAAUACUGCUUUUUUGAAAAUUGUAGAUACACCUUUUUCUGAUGUAUGAGGUAACUUGAUGAAAAAGCAAGGAUUUACUACAUCCCUAACUUUCAAAUUCCAUUUCAUGCCUUAAAUUUGUGGUAUUUAUGCAUGUCUUCACUACAUGUAAAUUAGUUAAAUGACAGGUGCGUAGUGGACUUGAGAUAGAAUAGUUGUAUUUCUUACAAUUUUAAAAGGUGUAAUCUUUGUAUUUUUAAGAACUAAUUUCACGCAAGGUGCUAUCAUUUAACUUGUUACUUCUGUGUUUUAUAUGCAGCUAAAAUGAUUAAGAGUUUAAACUACAAAACUGAAUCACAAAAUAGUUGUUACACAUGUUCAUGCUAGCAGUGUAUUUGUCCAAAGUUCUUAGAGUACUGUUUUAUAAACUUCACUUGCUUUUUCUUCCAUGAGGAACAUCAUGGCAGUUUUUAGAAAUAUUUCUCAGCAAGCAGAAUAGUGUGAUGAAACAUGAGUAACUAAGAUUAGAUUAAGUUCUGUGUCUCUUUUCUAACUGUCAGGGCAGCUCACUGAAGACCAUAGCUAUCAAUUUAUUGAAAAUGCUUUGGACACCUUAAGGAUGUGAUUUUGAAAUCCUUGAUUGGAUGAGUGUAUCCCACAGAUAUUAUUCCUGUAAUAAAAGGAAUACCUGUGCUAUAAUACUGUAUUAUGGCUUUUUUCACUGUGGCCUAAGGAUAUUAUCAUAUAUCAAUCAAGGAGCUAUUUUUAUAUCCUUUCGCACCCGUGACAUGAAAAAAACACAGCACUGUUUGCUAAAAUCUUGGGUUUGCACUUUCAUAAAGCAACAGUGUAAAAGGUAAUAAUAAAUUUUGAAAGUGAUCUACAGCAACAAAAGAAUCUUGCCAAAUGAUAAAUGAACAAAAAUAAAGCUAAAAAUUAUUUACAGUUUUGUAUUCAGCAUUUCAUAGACCAGAGAGAUUGCCAUGUAGAUUAGCUUACAUGGCAUGUACUUAAAAAAUGAAGAACAACACGUUCUUUUCUUCCUCUUCUUUUUUUGAUUAAAGCCUUUCACUGAAGCUUCAGUGUGUACCUUUUGUUUUAAUGUCUUCUCAAAGAUAGUCAGAUUUGCAGGUAAAAUCCUUUUACUAUUGACUUCAGAUGGGCCAGGAUUUUAUCCUAGGUAGCUUACAUAAACUUCAGUAUAACAUCAUGAAACAUUUAAUCAGCUCGUUAAAUGGACAUAAAAAGUAUGAUUUUCAUAUGGUGCUCUCUUUCCAACUUCUUUUUGACACCUGUCUUUUUUAGUCUUCCUCUCUGCAAUAUUCCUAGUUUUCUAAAGCAUUAAAAUCCUCCUGCUUAUGAAAGAUUAGGAAUGUAUUCAGAUAUCAGCAUCUUUAAUGUUUUGAGGUAGUCUUUAACAAAUUGUUCGUAUAAAGGUGUUUUCUUACUUGUGCUAUAUAUGCCUUCUGGAAUGCAUUAAUACAGAGUAUGACCUUAUGAAGCUUUUUUAAUGACAGUACAUAGGAAUAGGCUUUUGGAAGGAGAUUCCUUUUCAUCAGAUGACAUUUCCCGCUAUUAGUAAUAACAUAUACACACCAUCCUUUUUAUAAAGCCCAGCUGAAAGCAGUUGGAUUUCUUGAGGUUCCCCCCAACACUCACAUACUGUUCCCACUGUGAAAGGCUGUCCUGGGGCAGAUUGGGUGAAUUGCCUUGUUUCACAGCUCUGCCCAGGAUGUCUAGAGGCCACAUGGCCUCCCAGCAUGGGCAAUGCAGAGGAAUAUGAUGCUGAGAAAUUGUAUCAUCUUCCACAUUAGCUGCCAAAAGGAUCACUGAGGCCAUUGUGAACAGUAGCUGAUAGACAUAAUUACUCUCAACUCUCACUACGCAGGAUGUGAGAAGGGAGGAAGUUCAGUGUGCUCUCAUACCUUCUGCCUAGGGAGCUCAUGAGAUCAGCUGGGAGAAUCUCUGUGCACAAAGGAUGUGUUACAGAAAAGGCUUUUCUGCUCAUUCAGCUAUCUUUUUACUAUAUAUCUAUAAGCCUGUAUUUCUUGAAAUACUGGAAUGCCAAGAUAGCUGUGCCACACUGCUCUCAAUAGUAUAGUUCAAAAUUAACAACCUUGGAGAAAUGAAGCAGUGUGCUGCUUCUAAUUCCCGUUGAAUGUAACAUUUAGUCACGUUCAUGUUAAUGGACAGGUUGCAAUGACUAGUUACAGGGAGGUCCAUGGAGGCCUUUUCUGUGACCAGAGGAAACCUACCUUUUCUUAUCCAGAAAGAAAUAUGUGCAUUUCAAAUCUAGGUCUAGCUACUGCUCUGACUGUGCUACUUGCAGUCUUCACAGCAGCUUACUUUAGUGUAUAUUUGCAUAUUUAUGUGAUUACUAAAUAAACUCGAAUGAAAACAAAUUACAACCAUUGCAGUAAAUUAUAAUUUAAGGUAGUUGCUACACUAACAAUUUUUGUGAGUUCAGCUCUUACUUAAUCUGCCAUAAAGAAACAAAAAAAAAAAGGAAGUUAAUACAAAUGAGUGUUCUGCAACUAGGCAGAAGGGCUUCAUAAAUCAAAAUUUUCAGGCAGGCAGACUGGCUGCAGUUGUUUAUAAAGGAUUGGUUAAAUGUGGUUUUGAACAAAAAGGUUGAAAGCUUUUCUGAAAAUCAAGUUGUAUUUUAUUAUGUGUAUUUCACAAUGUGCUCAGAGAUAAUGUGUUAUUACCAGUUUACAAUUCGAAUUCAUGAACAUACACUUUUUAUAGAUGAUUAACUGUAGCCCAUUAAAAUGUUUCAUUUUGUGUUUGUUACAAUGACUGUUUAAGAAAGAAACACCUCAUGUUUCUGUAGAGGUCUGUGUUCUCUUACUCAAGUGAGUUGAAGUAUUGCUGGUACCUGUGAAGCUCUGCAAGUCUGUUUAAGUGGCAGGUUUAUAUUUGCCAAGGAUAGCUCCUUAAACUUGCUUUCAUGAUGGCACAUGUAAAUAGUGAGUGGUACUUUUGGUUCAGUAGCUGGGUACCGCAUGCCUCUGAUGCCAUUCCAGGGCUCUCGAGUGCCUUCAGUAAGACUGAAGCCUUUACAAAGGUAAGUAAGUAAGUGAUUCAUCCUUAGGACUUUCCAGAUUGAGACGACCUGUCUUGUGAACUCUUAGCCCACAGAAGUGAGUAAGUCUGGCAAGUGGACUUAAGGCUGUAGCAAAACAAACUGUGGAGAAACUGGAUGUUGGAUAAUUCUAGCCCUCUUGUAGGAGCUAGCUGUCAAGUUCAGGCCUACAACUGGUAGUGGCUUUUGUGUUCUAAAAUGUACAAUACUUUCUGUGCCAUGUUGUAUCAAAUGAAAUGUGUCGUCCUUUUAUUCACAGUUCUCUUGCUUUGUUCAGUCUUGAAUGUAUUUUAUGUUCUUUAAGUUGAUGGCUUUGUAAAAGUGUAAGUACAGAAAUAUUUAUCUAAGCGUAUCAUGUAUAGAAUUGUACUUAAAGAUUCUUAAUAAUGGAAGUGCACUGCCGCUGCUCAUUGUUGUCAUUUUUUCUGAGAUGCGUUAUCGUUAGCAGUUUACACAGACAGGAAAGCAACACAAUAUGAUAAUUUUAAUAACUUAUUUAUUUGCAAAUAUUGUAAGAUUUGUUGAGUCACAGAUUCAGAUAUUUGUUUUAGAGAUUGUUAAUAAUGUAGCACUGUAGAAAUUCAUCAAUUAAAAGAUACAUUCUAAGCUA